CUUCGACUUGCUCAUGGCAAGUCAAUAUUUCAAUUUUGACAAAGAAUGACUGCUAGCGCUUAAUACAAACUUACUCGGACUAUAUUUUCGGUCAAGAUAUGAGUAGUUCAGGAGUAGAAAUGUCGCUGGACGACUCCGAGUACUCUAUGAAGCCAGCUGAGGAGCUGCCUCUUACUGAUGAUUGUCACCACUAUCAAGGAAAGCAUGAGGUACCAUGGGAUAUUCAAAAAUACUUUGCGCAGCGCUAUUCGAUCUUCUCAUUGUAUGACUAUGGAGUUUACAUGACAGACGAUGCCUGGUUCGGUGUAACGCCCGAGCCAGUAGCAAACCAAGUUGCUCAUGAUAUGUACGGUACCGACCAAAAGAAGCAUAUCCUGAUCGAUGUCUUUGGUGGUGCAGGCGGUAACAGUAUUGCCUUUGCUCUUUCUGAACGAUGGAGUCGCGUUAUCUCUAUCGAACGCGACCCUUCAACCUUAGCCUGUGCCCAGAAUAACGCCAAGGUCUAUGGUAUCGCGCCGGGGCUAAUUACGUGGGUUCUUGGUGAUAGCUUCGAGUACCUCGACAAGUUAUUCAAUCACACAGAAGAACUGCACCCAAAUCUAAGAGUAAGCCUUGACGAAACAGUACUGUUUGCAAGUCCACCUUGGGGCGGCCCUGGAUACCGCACUGAUGAAGUAUUUAAUCUUUACAAUAUGCAGCCGUAUAAUCUUGACGAUUUACACACUGCAUACAACAGGCUGGAUCAUGCGUUGUUUCUACCGCGGACGAGCGAUAUUCGACAAAUCGCUAGACUAGCACCUCCUGAUAGGAAAGUUGAGGUUGUUCAAUACUGCAUGGAGGGUGCCAGCAAGGCCCUGGUGGCUUACCUUCCAGGGAAAUACUCAAAAGCCCGCCAGUGAAGGACACCCUUCAAAAGAGAUCGCUGUCGCAUCUCGCAUACCAAUGGAACAAGCCUGUAUUUGAGGAAGGGUGUUGCUGAAGGUCUCAGGCAUUGGGUUGACGAGAUCAUGCUGCUGUCGGAGGCAACCGUACUUAUCCGUCUCAUACCAUACCAUACCAUACCUUGCCUAUUCAACGGCAUAGUAAUAUAAUUUGCAGCUCAGGCAUCAAUAGAACGUUGCUGCAUCGUUCAAACGUGCAUCAUCCA